AUGGCUGGGAAGGAAGUGAUGAUUAAGGCUGUUGUUCAAUCGGUUCCGUCAUAUGGUAUGAGUUGCUUUGAGUUACUAAAGCAUAUGUGUAUGGAGAUGCAUUGUUUCAUGGCGGAGUUUUGGUGGGGGGAUACGGAGUGGGGUAGGAAGAUUCACUGGAUGGCUUGGGAUAAAUUGUGUGUGCCGAAGGAUGAGGGUGGUCUUGGUUUUCGGAAUAUGUGGCAAUUCAAUCAGGCCUUGUUGGCAAAGCAGGGGUGGAGGAUUUUGAAGGAACCUAACUCUCUACUUGCUAGAGUCCUUAAAGAAAAAUAUUACCCUAAUUCAAAUUUUUUGAAAGCAAGUGUGAAGCCAGGAGACUCUUAUGCUUAG